AUGCGAGAUCAGCGACCCGCCGAGUCCCCGGCAGCGGCCUCGAGGCUUUGGGGGAGGUUGGGAGCGAUUGGGGCGGUUCGGAGGGAUUUGGGGGUUCGGGGCGGUGUCCCCGGAGCGGCCCCGCCCCGCGUUGGAAGCGCUUCCGGGGCAGCGCCGGGGCCGAGACGGGGCGGCGGCUCGACCAUGGCUGAGGUGGAGGAAACGCUGAAGCGAAUCCAGAGCCAGAAGGGAGUGCAGGGAAUCAUCGUGGUGAAUUCAGAAGGUAUUCCCAUCAAGAGCACCAUAGACAACACCACCACCAUCCAGUACGCCGGCCUGAUGCACAGCUUCAUCUUGAAGGCCAGGAGCACCGUGCGGGACAUCGAUCCCCAGAACGACCUCACAUUCCUGCGAAUCCGCUCCAAGAAAAAUGAAAUCAUGGUUGCCCCAGAUAAAGACUAUUUCCUGAUUGUCAUCCAGAAUCCAACUGAAUGAUUACACCGACUCAGUCUGGUCUUUUCUCUUUGCUCAACUGUUUUAUUUUUUAUUUAAUGGUAAAGAAUAGAGCAUUAGUGUUAACUGUGCUGUGCCUCUUCAGUAACAUUUGGAAGAAGAAAAGCAGGUGGUUUUGUUGUCUACAAACAGAAAAAAAUGGCGCUUUUUGUAUUGCAAAUUGUUUUGAGGGGGAGCUGGUGAGUUGGAAUUGGGCAGUAAAAAAUGCAACAGGAUACUUUCAGUAGUUAGGAAAGUAAUAUAAUAAAAUUUAAUAAUAACCAAAAACCGACUAUUCUUUGUAUGCUUUCAUGUUUCUUUCACCAACUGAGCUCUGCUUUUAGUUUUGAACACUGUUAGUUUUGAAUGGCUGUAAAUAUGACUCUGCCUGUCCUCUAGUUCUGUCUUACUCUGUAGAUUUUACCUCAAAAAAUCUGACCAUAACAAAUUAAAAAGUGUCACAAGUGACUGGCUUUGUCUUAUGUUUUUCUUCUG